UGCAGUCGUACUUACUUGAACUUUUGUAGUCCCUCGCGGAGAGUGCGUUCGUUUUUCUUGGGUGCUGGUGUAUUCUUCAUUUGAACAGAGUAAGCAGUUUUUCUUCAUUAAAACAACACGAACGUGAGCUUUGGAGAGUUGUGCGGCCCCCAGAAAAGAUGACCUGUCAGCCAUAAUUAUGAGUUCAGUAUUGGGGAGUCAGCUGCCACAGCUAUGUCAUCGGGAUGUUCAAGCCGUGUUUCCAUCCCGGCGACCGAUUCCUUGCAAGUUGUUCCAGGUUUACUGGCGUUGGCUAUAAUUUUGGGGUUGUGCUGUGGAAUCGCAACUGCCGUAAUCUUGUACUGCUGCGUGCUCAAGACAAAAUGUUUCCGUCCCAAGUUUCAGAAUCCGGAGUCAAAAAGAGUUUCUGUCAACACAGAGACAGAUUUAGAAGAAGAUUAUGAUCACAGGAAUGCCACAAAGACACAGUCCAAGGAUUUUGUUGGAAAAAAGGAAAGAAAAAAUCCUGUAAACAAUGAUGUUGCAGCAUUUGCAUUAAAGGCAAAAGUGAUCUAUCCAAUGAAUCAGAAAUACAGGCCUUUGGCAGAUGGUGCUUCAAAUCCAUCCCUUCAUGAGAACACAACACUUGGAAUUCUGCCCAAUCAGGCACAAGAUGGUACUAGUUCAUCCAGCAAUGAUUCUGUAAGCCAGGCAGCUGAUGAUGACGAUGAGAGUAGCCAUUUCAUUUGUUCUUCACCGAUCCCCCAGAAUGAGAUGUUUCCAAAAAUUUUCAGAUUUUCAGAAACACUCAGCUGUGCCAAGUUUGACUCCAGGAUAAGCCUUUACAGUGUUGGCAUGCUAAGGCUAGAGCACUUGGACAGCGAACUUGAUGAUGAAAAACAAGGGCUUUUUCUUCAAGUGCUUAGAAUUCUCCUGAAGGAUUUCCUGCAGAAGGGCAUGAUUGAUGAAACGUUUUACACCAGUAAUAUUUUAAAGCAGGAAAAAGAACUGAAUGAUCUGAAAAGACAGCUGCAUGGAAAACUAUUGCAAAGAGGGCAGAGUGACGAAUUUGAUGCAAACUGUAAUACAUUAGAGGCAUUAGAAGGACAUGAAAAAAGAAGCUUUGAGUUUAGACUUAGAAUGAUUGCAGGUCUUCACACACAAAUGGAUAGUUUUCAUUAUUGCCUUCAAAAUGUAUCUGGCAUUUCCAACAGCGCAGCAGAUCAGUUAGCGCUGCGACUUACUGAACAUCUCAUGUAUGUGGAGAGUCUACUUGCUGAGACCCUGACUUUGCACAUCACAGGUGUUCAGGAAAAAGUGACUUGGUGGGAAUACAUAGUGGACACAAUUCAGUCCCACCUCUGGUUUCUAGAGCAAGAAGCAAGCUGCAGGGUACAUGUUGUAUCUCAGAUUUUGGAACCCCUUGUCAAUAAUGGUGAUUUGACGUCUCGUGAAUUGGACCGUAUUGUAUCAACUAUUCAGUGUAACUAUCAAGAGGAAAUAAAUAAAUGUUCUGCUGAAUGCACCAAGUUAUCCAAAGUGCUAGUAAGCGACAUUGUAAAGAAGAAUGAUAUCAAAAUGAAGAAGCUAAUAAAAGCUCAGGAAAAGAUCAAAAUGAAUGUACAAAUCAACAUGAAGGAUGUUGUCGAUCCAAAGGAGUUUAUCCAGGAAUAUCAUAACUUGUUAGAGAAACAACGGGAAACAUUUCAAGAUAUGGAAGAUGAUGAAGAUUUGAAAAUUAUUGAGGCUGUCACAGAUAUUUGGAAGAGACUUCGUUCAGCAUCAUCUGAAAAAAUGGGGAACACGUUUAAGAAGUUAUUCUUGAUCAACCUUCAGAACUCGGCAAAGGUGCCCUUAAAUAAGUGUGAAGCACUAAGGGAUAAAGCAAGGCAUGAGCUUUCCACUCUUUUGCAAUCUGAAGAAACAAUUGGAAAAGCAUAUGUAAAGAUUUUUAAAGAUCAUCUCGUACAGCAGAAGAAGUUGUGGAUAGAAGAUCAGACCCUGAGUGCUGCCUGUUUAAGUCAUUUCUGUUCACAACAAGAGAAACUCUUACAAGAUAUAUUGGCCAGGCAAAGCAUUCUGAGUAGCAGCCAUGCAAAACAUAUUCAGCUGACACAUUCAUUAUUCUACAGAGCAUUAAACCGAAUGCUUAUUGCAAGACAGUUCAGCCUGCAAGCCUUAAAGGAAAUGAAAUUGUCAAGGCUGAAAAGUAUGUGGUAUGGACUUCAGCUAGAUCUGCAGAAAAAGCUCCUCACUGGUCAAAAGAAGCAACCACAGACGGAAACCAGCCUUUCAGAGGUGGAGAGAAGAAUAGAGCAGGAAGGCGAGUUGAUUCGAUUAGAAUUUCAGCAGGAGUUCAUCUCCGAGCUGGGGGCAGCUGCCGAGCUUUUACAGGAGCACAUCGCACAUAUGGUUGGACGGGCCCUCAUUCAUGAUUCACGGCAACAAACAGAAAGCCCUGGACUCCGUGGAAAUGAAAGCAUCAAACAGGAUUUAAAGGAUGCAGCAACGCAAAGUGUUUAUGUAACCAUGGACUCUGUAAAUAAACUUGUACAGAGCUACUUUUCUCGGAUGGAGAAUCUUACUCACGUAUGGGAAAGAGAUAAAGUGAAACGUCUCCAGGCAAUUGAUGAUGUAAAUAAAAAUAAACUGAUAAGCCAGCAGUUACUAAGGGAGAGUCUUCAGAAGGACCUGGCUGUCUGGAGCAAAAUGCCCAAGUCUGUAGAACUUUACCAGAGAGUAGAAAUGCAGAAGAAGAAAAUGCUGAGCCAGUACAAAGCAAACCAUGAAGCAGGUUUUGAAAGCUUAAGGCAAAAAAAGUCAUUCUUUGAUUUGAUGGAGAAACGCCUUGAUGAAGAGCUACAGGGGGUGGAGGACACGUUCGUGACUCAGCUUGCAGCAUCAGUCAGAGUUGCCCUGCCAAGAAGCAAUUCUCCGAUUAAAGGUGAUUCAGGUGAAAAAGAGCUUCAGAAGAAGAAUUCCUUUCGUAUGCCAUAUACGCAGAGCAGGAGUAAUCCUGGUAGUGCUGGUCCAGUCCAAGGACAAAGUCCUUCGCCGGACAGAGCCAGACAACAUGAAAUUCUUAAUCCAUCUACCAAAACCACAAUGAAGAGAACAAUCUGAACAUCUGGAAUCCUCGGACUGACUGAAGGCUUGUCUUGUUUCAAAGUAGUGGACGGUACGGUGGAAAGAUAAGCUGCUUAUCAUUUUGGAGCUGGAGCAAAUUUAAAACAAUUAUUUGAGUAUUCCUUGAUACAAAUUAAAGCUUUACUUGCACUGUAAAUGUGAACGUUAAGUGACGCUUUGAGCGCCACUUUGUCUACUAGCAUUUGUGUCUGUCAUUUAUGAGUUUAAGUUAGAAAAUGAGUGUUUAUACUUCAGCAGAUCAAGGCAGUUUUUGAAGAAUAAGCUGUUGUUGGUUAUUUAUAAAGUUUGUGUGUUUGUACGAGUAUAUAUGAUGAGAGAGGGGUCAAAGUUUUAGUUGAAUGCUUGUUUAUAUUGAAGUAUAUAUUAUUUAUUUAAUUACAGCACUACUAUAGCACAUAAUACAUUGGGAACAUACUUAUAUAUUUAUGUGUUUUUUCCCUUCUUAUAGCACUUUGAACGAGUUAACUGUUACAUUUUGCUCAUUUAUAGAGCUCUACCACUAUUGGAUUUUUGAACCUGUACUUCGGAGUACGUGGAAUUAUUGUUAAUGCUAUUAUAUACUCUUUGUAUGUAAGUAUUAAUUCUUCAUGUAGUUAACACUUUAGGUACUAAAGACAUGCCUCCUUUACUCAUUUACUGUUACGUAGCAAGACCCUAACAUACACAUCUUUGGGUCCUCAUAACACUUCUGAAGUGUCAGUAAAGUGUUUCUUCAUCUCUGCAAUGUGACCUACUAACAAAACAUCACCUUGGAAUGAUCUGAGGUGGCUUAACUGAGACAC